AUGAUACCCCCCGAAGGAACGAAGGAAAAAAAAGAUGCCGUUCUUCAAAGAGCUUCCAUCAAUAAUUAUCAGAUAAAAAUACAAGGUGUUGUCACGUGCAACUUUCUCUGCAUGGAUCGCUGCGGUUUACUUUACGGAUCGAAAGAAUUCACCGACGACUGCAUAUUUAACGAAAUGAUGGAAAGUCAUCAUUUCAACACGUAUUCAUCGGCUAAAUAUUCAAACGAUAAACGAACAUUGUACCUGGCUCUGAAUAAGAAAGGAAUCCCUAGAAAAGUUCAGACAAAAGCGAAAGCAUCCCUUGGUAAAAUGGAAACAUACACGAACGUUCUUACGAAACCCGUAUCGAUCGAAAGGGUCGAAUCGUUGGCCGUCAAAGUUGCGAAAGCUCGAGUUCUCUUAGGAAAAUUAUUGCAAGGUACGAGCGGCGAAGAAGGAUUCGGGGAAAGAAAUCACCUCGUCAGACAUCAUCGUUAUCAAUUUUGUCCGAACGUGCCCAUGACGAAAUUGGAUGACAAAAACAAAUUCAGGUGCAGGAAAAAAGAAAAGAGAAAAAAGAAGAGAAACAAGUGCAAGAACGACAACGACGACGACGACGACGAUGAAUGUUUACCAACGGCGACGAAGAAGAAGGGAUCGAUUACGACGACAACGAUAACAAAAUGCGACGACGACGAAGACGACGAAGAUUGUCAGAAAAGAUUACACGGUGUGAGACAAAAGAGAAAAUCGCGAAACGGAAGUGAUACGGACGCGGAAAAAUGUACGCAAGCGGGAAAAUGUACGGACGAUAAAGAGAAAAGGAAAAAGAAAAGAGUGAAAGGGGAAAAGAAAAAAAUUAGUGAUAAAACGUUAUUAAAAAUCAAAUGCAAUAGUGAAAUAAUAAAUUGUAAUAAAAAAAAAGGAAACUCGAAAGGAAAUAAUUUAAAAGAAAGGAAAAAAUCGUCUUCGCCUUCGUCUUCGUUUUCUACUUCCGGUGAGGAUUUUUCCUCUACGACGUCGUUACUUUGGAAAGAAAUUUUAACGGAAAAUAUAAAACGAAAUAACGACAAUUAUCACGUGUCACCGAUUGAAAAUUUUCCCCAGACUGAAAAAUCAUCAUUAUUAGACGAGUACGAAGAAGAAGAAUAUGAAGAAAAUCAAACGGAAAAAUUAACCGAAAUUGAUGACGAAUCAUCAUCAGAAAUCGGUUACGAUUGGGUAACGCAAUCACCCUCAUCCCCAUCCUCAUCCUCAUCUUCUUCUGCCACGUUUAACCGUUACUGA